AUGGAUAACCAAAUUGAGGAGCAUCUUUUAACUAUAUUUAUGCAAAGUGUAUCAAAUAACUUUGAAGAAGUAAAAGCUAGUGAAGAGAAAAUUAGUUCAUUAUAUAAUGAUAGUAAUAAAGAAAAUUAUAUUAAAAUUCUUCUGAAAUUUAUAAUGUAUCCUCAUAAUGAAAAAAAUGAACAGAAAAAUUUUUAUGACAAAUUUUUAAAUAAAAAUGUUAAGAUAAGCAUAUUAAUAAGUAUAAAAAAUUAUAUAAAGAAAAGUAUUCAUAGUAAUUUGGAAAACGUAGAAUUGAGCAAUGAUUUGUGUAUAAUCAUUAAGCACAUAUGUAUGCAUGUUUUAUUAGAUAUAAAAAAUGAAGAAAUAAAAAGUCUCGAAAAAUAUUUUUUUGAAAUAUUAUUUAAUUUAUUUAAAUAUAAUAUUUGCGAUGAUUACGAUUACUUAUUAUUUUAUAUUAUUAUUUUAUAUAUUAAUGAUUAUAAUAUAGUUCAUUUAAUUAAUAUUUUUAAUAAUGAAGAGAAGAAAAGUAAUCCUGAUGCUAUGAAAAUUAUUGAAUGCAUAAUGUUAUAUGUAAGAAAUAAAGAAAUAUUACAAAAUAUAACCCAAGAAAAUUUUUUUAUUGAAUAUAAUAAAUUGAUUGAAAAUAUUGAAAAUAUAAAAGGAAUAAUUAAUAAUAGAAAUAAUUCUUUAAAUGAUGAUAUAGUAAAUUAUAUAAAUAAUACAAAAAAAAUUUAUAAAUCUAAUAAUCAGCACAAUUUAUUCAUGUUAAAUGAUCAUUUCUUAUACAACAUAGAAGAAAAUACACAAAUAAAUAAUUCAUUAACUUCUAAUUUUACCAUUGAUAUAAAUAAAAAAAAUUCAUUAAAUUCAAUAAGCGGAUUUGAUUUUGUAGGAAAAGGUACUAUUAUAAAAGAUUAUAAUAAUAAUAUAAAAUUAUUAUCUGUAUCAAAAGCAAAUGUAAUUUUCAAAAAUAUAAAUAUUUCUUUUUUCAAAAAUAAGCACACUGCUCUGAAAAUUAUUAGAAAAAUUUUAAAAAAAUAUAAAGAUAAUGAUUAUGUUUCAAAAUAUGAUUUGAAAAUUGUUUUAACACAUAUUGAAUAUCCGAUAACUUUAUAUUUUAUUUAUUUGUAUAAUAAAUUUACCGAAUACACAAACUUCAUAAAUAAUAAAUUAAGUUUAUCCAAUUCUUAUUCUACUACCACUAAUAGUACAAAUACAAACGAAGAAAUAAAUAUUUGUUUUUAUAUUAUGAAUCAUUUAUUGAUGAACAUACAUAUAUUUUUAAAGAUAUUUUAUAAUAUUAUUAUAAUUGAUUUGCCUGAAUAUUAUGAAGACAAUUUUGAUAUUUUUUUUAAUAUUUUUUAUAAUUUUUUAUUAUUUGAUAUGGAUAUACUGAAAAAUUAUUUUAAUCACAUAAAUCUAUUGAAAAACAUGAAAACUGAUGUAUCAUCUACUAGUUUAUCAAAUAAACAAAAUAUAUUUAUGAAUGAAAGUGAGAAAAACUUAUUUAGAAUAACCAAUGAAGAUUUAAUAAAGUUAAAAAAAAAUUUUGAACAUAAUUUAUUGAAAUGCAAAAUCAUGAUCACUGAUAUUAUAAAAGUUAUUUCAGAAAAUUAUCAAGAAGAAUCCAAAACAUAUAUAAUAAAAUUAAUUUUUUCUUUAACACAAAUGUUAUAUAAAGAAGAAGACAAAAUCUUAAUAUGCCACAACUACAACUGUUUAUCAUCUACUAUUAAAUUAAUUCAUCAUAUGAAUUUAGAAAAGAAUGAUUUAAAUCCUUAUAAGGAUAAAGAAUUUUUAGAAAAAAUAAUAGAAAGAGUGUUGUAUCACAUUAGACUAAAGCGCAUAGAUAUAGACGAAAUAAAUGAAGCAGAUUUAGAUUAUUUUAAAAAUGAUCUAAAUAAUGUAAAUUCUUUUUCAAUUAGAUCUACUGCUAUUUACUUUUUAAAAACUCUUUGUAAUAAUUAUUUUGAUAUAUGCUUUCCUUUAUUAGAAUUCCGAAUAUUAUCAAAAGAUUCUCUUAUAAUCUCAUCAGUUAAUUUAUCUAAUUUAAAUAAUAAUAAUGCUAUUAAUAGAAAUACUGAAAAUGAUUUAAUUAUUGAUAAAAAUGAUACGUUUUAUGAUGCCUGCAAUAUGGAAUACAAAGUUCAACUAAUUACUUGUUUAAAUCAAAUAAAUUUAGCUCAAAGUUUUUAUGAGCAUAAUUUAAAGAAUGUAUUAAAAGAAUUUAUUAUGUCUAUUAGAAUGAAAUUUUCGAAUUUGGACAACUUUUGUUAUAAUAUAAAUGAUUAUAAUUUUUUAAAUCAGAAUUUAAAUCAAACAGACAAAUGUGUUUGGUUAAAAAAUGAAGAAAUAUUUAAUUCAAAAAACACGAUAUAUUUAUUGUCUAUUUUAAAAUUUCUUUUAAAUAAUAGAAAUAUAUGUAAUGUAAAUACUGCUCUAGAUAUCUUCACUUUUUUGAAUUUUUUGUUAUAUAAUGAGAAAAUAAUGAUUUAUAGUUAUUCUUGCUUAUGUAUAAACAGAUUAUUAAAUCAGAAUCUUAGUGAAGAACUUUUAAAUAUUAUCUUUAAUAAUACAAUACCAAAUAUACUAAGUAGAUUAUUAUUUUUGUUAAAAUUUCAUAUUUACAAUAAAACACUAAAUGAAUAUAUUUUAAUAACUAUAUUAAGAAUAUUUUUAAUAUAUCCAGAAAAAUUAUCAAGUUUCUACGUAUCAAUUUUAUUAAUUAUUGACAAUAUAAUUAAAUUAAUAGUUAACGAUUCACAUAAUCCUUUAUUUAAUCAUUAUUUAUUUGAAUUACUUACUAUAAUUAUUUCUUUAAUAUAUAAAUCUCGAAUAUCUAGUAGCAUUAAUCAAGUAGAAAAUGUUAUUAUAACAACUUUUGCACAAAUUUUACAAUUAUAUAUACAUGACUUUAUUCCAUAUAUAUUUCAAAUUUUAUCUAUCAUAAUAGAUAAUACUGAUACGAUUCAAAAAAUUCAUAUAAAAAUUCUUAAUAAUUUAUAUGAAAUGGACUUAUGGAGAAGUACUAUAGGAAAUGCUAAUGGAAUAAUUUGUGUUUUAAAGAGUUUCUUUAAAAAAUAUAAUAUGUUCCAAGAUAUAAUUAAAAAUAAUAUGCAACAAUUGUUUAAUAUAUAUCAUUAUUGUUUAUCUAACAAAAAGUUAUCCACAGAUUCUUUUCAAAUUAUUUUAAUUAUUUUUACUUAUUUACCUGUCGAAUCUUAUCAAUCUUUUCUGAAACCCUUAUUCGUUUUAUUAUUUACUUUUGUACAACAAUAUAAAAAUGACAUUAUUAAAAUUAAAGUAAUUCAUUCUUUAUCUGUUUUUAUUUUAAAAACAGACGUUAACAUUUUUAUUAAUACAGUAGAACAAAUACAAAAUGGUUUAAUCUUUAAUGUCUUAAAAAGUUUAUAUAUGCCAAUAUUAGAUAAAUUAAUAAAUGUGAACGAAAAAAUUAUAAUAUUUAUUGCAUUAACAAAAUUAAUAAGCAACGAAAAAAUAAGAAAUGAAUCAUUUGUUGUAGAAAUGCUUAAUCACUUAAAUAAAAAUAUUACUAGUAAUGAAUUAGUUUUAAAAAAAAGUAAAAGUCAAUAUUUAGAUAUUGAAAAAGAUGAAAUGGAUAAAAAUUUUGAAGUAACUUAUGUUAAAUUACAAAUGAUUAAUAAUGAAAACAUUAAUGAAACAGUCCUAAGAGAUAUAAACAUCAAUGCAGAACUGAAACAGAAUUUAUUUAAUCCAAUUUUUAUGCAAAUUUGUCAUAGUAAUUCAUAUAAUAGCAUUCUUCAAUUAUUUAAUAAUUAA